AUGCUUAUCUCUCGAAGAGCCGCUGCUCCGAUCCGGGGGCUUCUCCGUCAUCAACAACCUCGCCGCCUUGGCUCCUCCACAACUCAUGGAGAGCAGCACGCUGCGGAACCCGUCAACGAGAACUUCGGCCGCGGUUUCUACAUGUUCAUUGCAUCCGUCCCCAUAGGCCUGGCUUUGUACAAAUAUUCCACGUCAGAUCCUCACAGCAAGCCAUGGAUGACUCGUCUAAUUGAAAAAUGGUUCCCCGAAGAGAGUCUCUGGGAAAGCAAGAAUGCUCUUCAUACAGCUGCGAUCGAGCAGGCCGCGUUUGAUAGACAUCUGUUCCAGAGCCAGAGUGGCUCCCUAAACCUCGAACUGAGCUUUCCAGAGGUUUUCAACACCGGAUCGCCCAUGAAUGUUCCUGCUGGUAACGGUUCCGCGGACCUAACAGCGGUUGUUGCGCAUUACAACGCGAAGAAUAAAAAGACUGAGCAGGACCGUGUUGCACGGAUGAAGGAUGGGAAGGUAGUUUCGAUCUAUGACGAUAAUCGAUAUUUCUAA